CGUUGCUGCAAGAGAAAUGUUGGGAACGGACGAUCACGGAGACAUCCGGAAACGAGCUGGAACAGGGAUGAAGAGGCUGUUCAGCCCCGCCUCUCUGCAGGAGAGCAGCCAGUCGCUGGAAGGCGAGCCGCCUUGCGACGACGGGGCGGAGGUCCAGUCGGUCGUCCCGGAUCACCGGCCCAAGAGGGAGAGGAAGCACAAGACGUACACCCUGUGCGAGGUGUGCAACAUCCAGCUGAACUCGGCGGCUCAAGCGCAGAUCCACUACAACGGCAAGUCCCACCAGAAGCGGCUCAAGCAGAUCACCAAUGGCAAGCCAAGCGGCAGCUCAGGUAACCCCACCCAGUGCAGCCCCCUCCUGGCCUCCCUGCCUGUCCCAGGACGUCCCCUGCAGCCCCAGCUGGACCUCAAGCACUUCCUUCCCUUCCGCCUCAAUGGCUCCUCCCCCCUUAGCCUCUUCCCCAACUUUAAUACGAUGGACCCGGUUCAGAAGGCAGUAAUCAACCACACGUUUGGGGUUCCUCAGCCCCUCAAGAAGAAGCAGAUCAUCUCCUGCAACAUCUGUCACCUGCGGUUCAACUCCACGAACCAAGCGGAGGCACACUAUAAGGGUCACAAGCACGCCCGCAAGCUUAAAGCCAUGGAGAGCCAGAAGAACAAGCAGCGGAGACUGGAAGGGGCGGGCGCAGCAGGCAGGGAGAGAGAGAGGGAGAAGACGGGAGCGACGGAGGCCGUACCCACGCUGAUGGACAGCACCCUGAUGGAGGGAAUGUGCCUGCUCUCGGAGCCAAGUCCAGCAAAGCAGGAGGACUCCCCAGGGGGUUCGGUCAUCCUGACACCUGUGUCAGAGGUCUCUUCCCUGGAGCUAGCGCCGUUGGCCUCUCCCCAGGUGUCCCCUGUGUCGCGGCUGUCGGAGAGUACAUCAGAGACGAGUGUCACAGAGACCCCUGGUUCCGCCUUUGAACCUGCCUACCAGGACUCCCCCAAGAGUGAGGGAGAACCCCAGACGGAGGCAGACAAGGAUCCCAAAAAAAGCAAGCAGCACCUCCACUGUCCCAUUUGCAAAGUCACGGUCAACUCGACGUCCCAGCUGGAGGCCCACAACAGCGGGGCCAAACACAAGUUGAUGCUGGAGGGCCAGAGUGUGCAGCCACGGCGCAGGAGCAAGGUAGUGUCUUCCCGGGCAGCCUGCAAGACUAAGAGGCUGGGCACCAAGGGCAGCGUGGGCGUGCCCAGCAAGGCCUUCCAGUGCGAGGUGUGCGAGAUCCACGUCAACUCCGAGACGCAGCUCAAACAGCACAUGAACAGCAGGAGGCACAAGGAUAGGCUGGCAGGCAGACCACCCAAACCCAAAUUCAGCCCCCACAGCAAGAGCCAGCAGAGCACUGUCUUAUCGAAUGUGAGGUGGAAUGGAUAUGCGGGCGGGGCUGUUUCUGCAAUGAAGAAAGUGUUCAGCAACUACAACCUCACCUCUCUCUCCUCUCAGACCAAACUGGCCCUGCAGAAGCAGCUGACCAAGAGCCUGACGGCCGGCUUCCUGCCCAGCCCGCUGACCCCCGCCACCCUCUGCACCAUGGCCACCAACCCGCUGGCCCUGCGCCACCCGGCCGGCGCCGCCACCUUCAUCCAGGCCCCCUUGCUGAGCCCCGCACUGUUCCGGCCCGCCCCCGGGCCCCUGAGGGCCACGCACACCCCCAUCAUCUUCUCCCCCUACUAGCCCUCAUCGCCGCGGCCCACGUGAGAGGACAUGCUGGGACCGCGCAGCCAGCGGCGAAAACGUGCGGGCGCGCGGGCCCGUCUGUCGGGAGGGCCCGAGCUGCACCUGAGCCCUGUCACAAAGACCCGAGAGAAAACACGAGUUCGGAGCCAUGCAACACCCC